GACCAAUUGCGACCUCGCCAUUGCGACGCUCGUCCAUAGACUUCGUUGUUCCGCCAUCUCUCUCCGAAGAGCGCACCUUCAUAUACCCGACCAUCGCAUCAUCCUGACCGCCGUUCACGAUUCAACGCGACCGCCUUGAAAGAGACGCUUUUCAGCUGUCAAGCACCUACCGAGUCUUGCGACCUGAGCCUCGAGGGAGUCUCAGGCAAGCUGUCCGACAACAACACGACCUCAUCUGCGUGCCGGAAUCAGCAAAGAUGGAGACACCUCGAGGCAGCGCCGGUGACCGAGAGUCGCAGCUCGGCUCACGAGAUGCGACUCCAUCAACUGCCUCAUGGCAAGUCGAGGAUUCAGCAGAGCUAGCUUACAGAGCGAUAGAGCGCUCGGAUAAUCGGCAAGGUCAAUCACCGGACAAGGCUCACGACACCGGAACUGCAGGGGGAUCGGCAGGCGAACGUGCCGCAUCGGCUUCGUCCUUGCGCGAAGGUGACAGUGCGGAGCACGCCUCUCCAGGUGUAUCAAGUUCAGAUGCGCGAGCUCGCCCAAGGCCUUCCGCUAAAGCUAAAGGCGAAUCCGCUGCCAGCACCGAGACUUCUGAGUUCGAUCGCUCCGAAGCCGUUGCCAGACGACAGGCUGGACAAAGGAGAGCCGAGCAGUCUGGGGGCGAAGUACGACGUCGAACGGCACGAGACACACCUAGCUCUGCGCGAGAGCAGGAACAGCAAACUUUGGACUCGCAGCAUCAUGGCAGACUGAAUGCGCACCCUCCAGAAGACGACCAUCGACGUGGGAGCGACGCUCAGUCUCCCUCGCAUCGCUCUCAAGCCGCAUCCGACGCUUCCGUGAGCUCGGUCGAGGCUCCCUUGGCACAGGGUCUGCCUCAGAGUCACCCCAAUGCCCAACGUGGGACCCCCCCGUACGAGUCACAGCGAGAUGCGCUUGCCGAUCGUCAGCUCGACGAAAACAAGCAAGAGGGCUCGCAUGGUAGUCCUCGGCAGCGCUCAUGGGAACGGCCGCCGGGCGGUGAGACCUCGCCAGAGACUUAUCAGACAAAGCAUGGUGGCAAUUCUCGGAGCACAGCAGAGGGACGGGGUUCGCGAGAGCGAGACCAGAGGGAUCCCGAAUCUCUCCGGACGGAGAGUGCUGAGCUCCGUGGAAGUGCAUCCCACAAUGACCGACGCGAGGCACCCGAGGGAGAAUGGACGAGCGAAGUGCCUACCAAGUAUGGCAAGGCAGCAGAUGGGGGUCAGCCGCGGCUUACCAGAGCCCUUUCUCCACCGAGGCACUACCGCCCGCGUACCCCUGGCUCUAGGGAACAGACUCCACUCAACAUCCAGGCUGUACCUGGCCAGUCGUAUCCUUACGUAGAUGAUGCGCGGGACCUUGAGCCAGCCGAAGUUGACAAGUUCUUGAGUCUGAUUGAGAAACACAAUCUGGAUGCGAGUGACGAGGAAGACAUGGCUCGUAGUGUUACCGAGCUGUAUUCCGAGUGGAUAGACUGGUGCAUCCACUACAGGAUCACAUCGACAAAGAGCAAGCCAGCUCUCGUCAGCGAAUUUGUCAAGGUGCAUCAAGGGGUCUACGGCGUGGAGCGGCAAAGGCGGGCUAUGGGAAUCGUGCAAGGCAGUCGUGCGCAGCCGUCUGCUUCUAAGGGACAUCAAGGGCUGCUGGAGGACAGAGGUGAUGGGCAGGGGCCGCGGCAGGUCUUUGCGCCUGCAGUGCAAUCGCCGGCCCUCAUGUCGACCACCUUUGCCCGCGAGGAACAACAUCUAGCCGACAGCUCGAGCCCACGAUUUGCGGAUGCUCGGCGUGGACCUGGAAAUGGAAAUGUCCAGAGCGCUACGCCGAGCGGCGAACGACGUGCCCCUAGGUACGCCUCUACUUGGAAUGUUCCUCCGCCUGGCAGGGGAUACGAGGGAAGUGCUCAGCAGCCUGUCGGAGCAGAACGAUCCCUCGCCGCUCAACCUUCGAGGUCUAGCUCAGUGCGAGAUUAUACUCCAGGUCGUCGAGAUCCGGAGGCUGCCGCGGAGCGCCAUGUACCUCCGGACAUCGACCCGCGUGCAAGAUCGUUUUACGGGCCGCCUCCCGAGGGUUUGAGUCGUCUGGCACGACCGCACGGCCAUCCCGAGAGCAGUACUGCACGGGGCGACAUGAAGCCCUACAAGCAUGUCUCGGAUCCUAGCCAAAACUUCACGCGUCCCAGCGUACCGCUUUCGACGGUUCCUGAUCACUCCCGUGCCUCGGCCACUGGCGGCUAUCAGGCUGCUCCUAGCUCGUCAAGAGCGCCUAUCACAGAUGCAACAGCAGGGCCACCCAUGAAGCAACUUCCUCCAGGUCUUUUUGAUCAGAUGCGAGCAGCGCUCCGCGACGAGAUCCUGGGUGAAGCAAGGAGAAACGUGGACCACCACGUCAUGCGCCUGUCGAACCUCAACAAGGACCUAGUAGCGCACAAUGAGGCUCUCAAGGCCAGAGUGGAGCAAUUGGAGAUUCAGUCGGAUAACGCUGCCAAGUGGAUCACAUACCUCGCCCAGUCGCAGGACGACUCCACUGCCAGAUUGGACGCUCUUUCUGCAUCUGCCACAGCCCAGGCACGGGUCGUUCCUCGCGACGUGCAUCCUUCACCUCAUCUCUCCGGCUCUCAUCACCCCGGCAGCGAGGCGCGACCGGCGAGAACCAGCGGCGGAUACAUAACGGAAUCGCCUCGCGCUCGCACUCGUCAGGUCGAGCCGCCGAUCUACAAAGACGUAAGCGGAGAAUCAUACAGGGCGCACAACGGCGAUCGUGGUCGCCACCACGAAGAGGAGGCGCGGCGAGACCGUGUUGUCACUGCGGCUCCUCCCGCCUCGAUGCCGCCGCGAGAAUACCAGCGCCGUGCGUACGAGACCGAGGCGAUGGGCGAGACAAACGCCUCAGCACUCUCAAUCGCUGGAUCCUUUGGCCAACGAGCCGCGCUCGACUUUGACCAACGAGCAACCGCCUUAUCGACCUUAUCUCGAUCCCUCGCCAAGGCCGCCCUAUGA